UUAAUAUGUAUGAGCUGUUUCCUUCGCCACACUAGAACUGGUGUUUGUAGUAUUUGGGCUGGGUUUAAGAGCAGUAUAUUAGGAGUUUUCCUAUGUGCUAAAGUCAUAAGUGUAGCAGUGGUCUCUUCAAGCGACGCACAGCAGUGUCAGUUUUUAAGGGAUUUUCAACUAGUUUCCAAUGAAGAAGGCAGUGUUGUUUAGUUUGUGGGGUGGUGUUGUUACCCCACAGAUUGGUCAAGCAUUUCAGAAGUUUGAGGAAACCACUGGCAUUUCAAAGGGCUUCAUAAAGAAUGUGGAGACAAAACUUGGCAGUGACAACGCUCUGCAUCGUGCAGAAAAGGGGAAAACAACCCUCGCUCAGAUGAUUCCUGAGUUUGACGCUGAGUGUCAGAAGGUAGCAGCGGAUCAGGGUCUGUCUUUACCUGCCCAGUUCUCCACUCAGAAGCUUUUUGAUGACAUGGGGAAGGUGGAAUUCAACAUGGCAUUUCUUGAUGCCGCUGCUGUCCUCCGUCGUAAUGGCAUUGCUACCGGCAUCCUGGCCAAUAUCUGGGUGGAUGACACUGCGCAGAGAGGCAGCAUCGCUAGGGUUUUAUCCGUUUUAGAGAGCCGUUUUGACCUGGUUUUGCGAUCAUGCCAUGCUGGUGUCCGAAUACCUGAGCCAGACUUCUUCAAACAUGCCCUCGAAAAACUUGCUGUUAAACCUCAAGAAGCACUAUGGCUGGAUGUGGAUGAAGAAAGUGUCAAAGCAGCUGAAGGUUUGGGAAUUAUGGCUGUUCAAGUCAAGGACGUCACUGAGGCUCUUACCGAAAUCCAGAAGCUUACAGGAAUAGAGGUCACCAGUGAUCUCCAGCCGCCUUCCUGUGAUCCUGAAAAGGUCUCUCAUGGAUAUGUGAAUAUUAAGAUUCCGGCUUUGGCUGAUGCAGGAUUCAGGGUUCUGGCUCCUGAUAUGAAAGGUUACGGUGGCUCCACGGCUCCACCAGAUAUUGAGGAAUACUCUCAAGAGCAGAUCAUGCUGGAUUUGGUGACAUUUUUGGAUAAGAUGGCCAUUGCUCAGGUCACUCUGGUGGGCCAUGAUUGGGGCGGCGUUCUGGUCUGGAACAUGGCACAGUUUCACCCUGAGAGAGUCCGAGCUGUGGCGUCUCUCAACACUCCUCUUUUCCCUGUGGAUCCAAACACAAAUCCGAUAGAGAAACUGAUGGCCAUCCCCAUCUUUGACUACCAGAUCUAUUUUCAGAAGCCCGGUGUUGCAGAGGCAGAGCUGGAAAAAAACCUUGAGCGAACCUUCAAGCUGAUGUUCAUAUCAAGCAGUGAUACAGAUGGAUUUCCUAAGUUAUCCCCUGCUGGAGUUUGUCAGAGAGGUGGAUUGUUUGUUGGGUCUCCGGAUGAUCCUCCGCGCAGCUCCAUGCUGAGUGUGUCUGCGCUUCAGUUUUACACAGAGCAGUACAGCAAGAGCGGAUUCAGAGGUCCACUCAACUGGUAUCGUAACUACGAGAGGAACUGGCGCUGGAUGGUCUCCAGACCGAGAGCGAAGAUCCUGAUGCCUGCUUUAAUGGUGACGGCUGGAAAAGACCCUGUUCUGCUGCCAGCGUUUGCCACAGGGAUGGAGAAUCUGAUCCCAAACCUCAGCAGAGGCCACAUUGAGGAGUGCGGACACUGGACUCAGAUGGAGAGGCCUGCGGAGCUCAAUAAAAUCCUCAUCUCCUGGCUGAAGGAAACCCACCAGAAAGCCUCCAUCUCUGUUCAUCCCAAGUUAUGAGGCGAUGAUCCUGAUUUGACUGAAUAAAGCACCCUAAUGUCCAGGCUUGCUGACUGCAUAAUACCCAUCCUGUGUCCUUUUGAGUAGAUCUUCUGCUUCUUAUAUGAAGUCUUUUGUAAUGCAAUGCAAUACUGAAGAGCGUAGCUAGAUUUUGUCUUUUAAAGGCAGUGACUAUUUAUACUGUGCAAAUAGCAGAAGCUGUGUGUUUUGUUUAGUUUUUUCACCUGCUCGUAUAGUUCGUCAGUUGUGCAAAUAUCAUUUCUGUUUACAUUGUGUGCGGAAGCAGAUGUCACUGCUUACCCUAUAGUGGAAACGAGAUGAUGUUUGUUUGCCAUUUAUAUUUGGUGCCAAAAAAAAAAUGGAGGAAACAGAAACGGCUUGUAAAUUUCAUAAAAAACAGCAGAUGACUCUUUCCCUGCCAGAGUCUAAGCGCUCUAUCAUACUGCAUGGGAAUACACAACAAAUGGUAAUAAUAAACGUUCACAAAGCGAUGUAAUACUUUCGAAAAUCACUUUGGUGAAUUGCGGUUUCCAAAGAGAUAUUGCAGCACCAUCAAUCAUGCUUGUUUCGACUCGGCAGACCCAUUAGAGCUCGUCUUUUUUUAACUUGGUACUUUUUACAUCAAGGCGCAAGGUUCAGAAAUAGUCCACAAAACAAUUUAGCAGCUGCAACGAUAAUAAAAAAUGUAGAGUAUGUUGUAACUGUGUAUUUAGUAUGUGAAUUUGAUUGCAGAGCUCCCAAUUUUGAGACUUCACAUGGCGGAUGCUAAACCAGAAGUCCAUAUUUUCGAAAAUCACAAUUGCAGUAUAUAUGUAUUUAUUGAGAAAAUAUUAAUUUAUGACCAUUUUUUGUCCUAUCACACAUUGAAUUGAAAUUAUUAGGCCCUUUAAGCUAUAAUUUUUCGAUAGUCUACACAACAAACCAUGGCUGCGUUCGAAUUUGCAUACUUCCAUGUUAUAUAGUACGCUAAAAUCAGUAUGCGAGCCGAGUAGUAUGUCUGAAUUCAUAGAAUUCGAAAAUCAGUAUGCAAGCAGUAUCCGGAUGUACUUCCGGACUUACUACUUCCGGUGAGAUUCUGGACUGCGCAUCCCAUGCAGGCUGCGCUAUCCCAUAAUGCCCUGCAAGAGAAUUCAUGAAUGGAAGAGAAGCAACUCAAUUGACGCAGGUAGGUCACAUGACCAUGACAAAAAGGCUGAUGUAGUACGUCGGAAUUACAUUCAUACUUUUAAUAAUUCAGGGGGGAUAAUAAUUCUGACUUCAACUGUAUUGAUUUCCUAGUGAUGGGUUGAAGCUGGAAGGGCAUCUACUGCGUGAAACAUAUGCUGGAUAAGUUGGCGGUUCAUUCCACUGUAGACGAUCAUUCUGUAGACUAUCGAAAAAAAAAUAGCUUAACGGGGCUAAUAAUUUUAAUUCAAUGUGUGACGGGACUAAAAAGUGGUCAUAAACUAAUAUUUUCUCAAUUUAAAUGAGUAGGGGCUUGUACCCGGAAACAGUAUUCCAGACGUCACAACUCAACAAGCGCAUAAGCUUCUCUUAAUUGUUGAGGUAUCUCGACAAUGGCAUGGAAAGAGUUAAACGUAAUUUUCAAGUAGAAAAACUGAAAUAGUAUUUUUGUGUAAAAUGUACUCUAUUUUUAUACAAUGUGCUACACUCAGUGCAUCUAACUUUUUUGGCACUCUGUAUAAAUAGCCACUGCCUUUUUUAGUGUUAUAUUGAUGAAAAUCCAUGAAUGAUCUUUAUUUACAGCCAAUAAAUACUCGUUUGCAUCAUAA